AUGGGCAGACUAGCUGAAAUGCAGCGCAAGCUCUUAGAGCAAAUGAUGGGACCGGAGGCUAUGGGUGUUGCGAAUGCAAACCUGGUAUGGUCAGACGAUAAAGUGUGCAGGAAUUUUCUUUGUGGGACCUGCCCUCAUACACUCUUCACAAACACAAAAAUGGACUUAGGCGCCUGCCCGAAGUCACAUACAGAACGCCUGAAGACCGAGUUUUUGGCCGCUAGGGAAGCGAACCCUAGCGACCCGUUGUUCAACCGAUUCCAAAUGGAAUACGAAGCGAAUAUAUUCGCAUUCGUGGACGAGUGUGACCGAAGGAUCCGCGCGGCGCACCGUAGGUUAGAGAAAACACCAGAAGAGAAUGCCAAAACUACCAAUCUAAUGAGGGAAAUUGCCGAGAUUGAAUUGGCUAUCCAAGGUGGAACGGAGAAGAUAGAGACACUUGGUGAGCAGGGGAAAGUUGAUGAAUCAAUGCACGAAAUGGCUGCAAUCGAAGCCCUCAAAAGUGAAAAGGCAGAGAAAGAACGCGAGCUUCAACAAUUAACGGACACCUCCGGAGCUUCAGGUCACCAGAAGCUCCGCGUAUGCGACGUCUGUGGAGCAUACCUGUCCGUCCUCGAUUCUGAUCGUCGACUGGCUGACCAUUUUGGUGGUAAAAUGCACUUGGGUUACCACGAACUGCGCAACAUGCUUAGCAAGUUCAGGGAAGAGAGAGAGAAGAGAAAGAUGGGACCUCCUGGGUCGACACCGUCAGGUGGGGCAGGUUCUGUGGAUGGUGGUUCGCAAUCUCGUGGGAACGGCGAACACAGGUCUCGUGGGGACGACUAUCGAGAUAGGGAUAGAGGAUAUGAGCGGCACUCCUCGACGCGAUACGAGUAUGAAGUUUUUGCUUUUGUCUAUAACCAGCUACCAAUUGACAUUCAUACAGCGACAGACGAAGGGACCGGGAGCGAUCCCGCAGUCCUGGGCGGAGAAGAUUCUAAGACCGGUCAGCUACCGCAUUUCUUUGUGCAUCCUACUGUGUAG